GUUGAGCAGAUGCGACUCGCGGGGCUUGAAGCAGUUCUGACACUUGCUCUUGUUGAAGAUGUUGGCCUGAAAUUUCCUGCACGGGUUUUCCUUGGCCGCCGACAUGUCGCCUAGGCGGCCGCGGCGCGGGCCACUUCGGCCCAGCGCGCCCCCGGAGGUCGGGACUCAGCGCGGCCGCCGCCGCAUUUUGCGCUGGCCGCCGCAGGCCCGGAAAGGCCUCCCCGCUCACGCCGCGCCCCGCCUGCUCGCCGCGGCCUCAGAGCGCGCGCGCCGCCUCGCGCCCCGCCCCGCCGCCGGGCCGCUGCGGGCCCAUGGACGGACGCGGCCUCGGGCCGCUGCCUCCACCGCGGCCGCCCCCAAGGCGCCGGCCGGCAAGUCCAGCCGUCGCGCUCACCGGGCGCCCGCCGCCACCGCGAACGAACCGAGCGCGGCGCCGCGCGCACUCGGGGCGGGGCGGGGCGGGGCGCCGCAACCGGCAGCCCCGCGGGCCAAUGGCGCCCGCACGCUCCUGCUAACAAAGAAACCCGUCGGCCAAUGGAUGGCGGGGGCGGGACCGGGAGCAGCGGGCGCAAGAGCUUUUCUCCAAUGACUGAUGGAGGCA